AUGCAAGACUCUCGUUUUAUAUCCCUUGCUUACAUCUGCCUACUGGCCCUUGUGGGCCUAGGUAGCUGCGUGGAGCUUCAAAUGCCUUCACGUGAAGAUAUCGAGGGCUCAAUCAAUAGAACGAUAGAGGAAGUCGAGAAACUGAUGGAACAGAAUCCCACCUUGCCAAGACUCAGUAGAAGCGAAAUUGUGAAUAUCUUGUUUAACAUUACGUCAAAGGAUGUGGGAUCUCUUGAGAACGAGGCGCUUGAGGCCAUAAGAAAAACGAGAGAAGACUAUCAACGUGCUCUUAUGGUUGUGUUGCCGUACAAGCCUUCCGAUGACGGGGAAAGUUUAACAGAAUUGUACACAAAACCACCCAUGGUACAAAUCGUCCCUGACAACGUAACGGAAUCACGACAGAAUUUAGCAACCGAAGUUGCUCAUAGUAUCCAUCAUCAAGCUAGUAAUUAUUCACAAUCAGUCAGAGUUGAUGAAAAUACUCACAAACUACUUACUGCUCAUAUGAGAUUCGAUGAUCCUCAAAACUCAAAAUUUCAAGAUCAAAUGAAAGUAAAGAACGUAGAGAAAACAUCGAUAAUCACUUCUACCAUCAGCACCACUACUACGACAACUACUGCGAGACCUACUAGCCACAUCCAGAAAAUAGACAAUGCACCUCAAAAAUUUGUCUUCAAUUUAAACGUCAAAGAUCAAAGAGUUGAAACAUCUCACACAUCAAUCGCAACAAAACGGCCUGUAUACAAAGGAACGUUUUCAAGAUACAGGACUAGCUAUAAACCACCUCCUAAGAAAUUAGAAAUUAUUUACAGCAGUACAACGAUAAAUACACCGACUAAAAUGACUGAAGUAUUUAAAACUGAAUCAACAACUACAAAAGUUAAACCUCCCAUAAGUAUCUUAUCAUCAGACCAAUGGCAUUAUAAUGCCCCUCCAUUGACCACAACAUUAAAAACAAUAUUGGAACUCGAUGACUCUCCUUGGAAACCUAUGGCACCUUCGAAAGGAUUUUUUUUACCAACCAUUGAAAGUCAAUCUGAUGAUUCGCACGUAUCUAACUUUGCAGAUGUAAAGGUUGAAGAUUUUGAAAAAGUUAUGGAAACACAUGAUACAGAAAAACCACUAACUAUUUUCGUGACACCUAGUACUAUGACAAACCAGAAAAAAACUAAUCAUUUUGAAAAUUUUCCUUCUGGAUUUAAAUUAACAACGACCACAACAACAACAACUGCUCCAUCGUCAACUAUGAGGCAAGAAGUGGAACAGUUAUUGAAAUCAAUUGGUCUCCAGCCCAUAAAGAUGACAAAGCAAACAAAUAUUAUCAAAUCACAUCAAAGUAACGUUGAAGCCCAAACGAAUGAGAAUAUAAUUGAUAGCAUUAAAGAUUCAAAUCUCGAAAAAGCUCCAUCAGAUUCAUUGAAACUGGAUAAAAAUAAUUCCUUUCAAGCAGCACAAUCGAAUGUUAAGAACUUAUCACCAGAUAUACAAUUACUGUUUCAAAAAUUUGGAUUACAGAUGCCUGAUCGUGUAAACACACCCAUUUCAACAACAACACUGAAGCCCAUCCCUGUGGUGAACGUUAAUUCUUAUACAAAUUUUAAGCCUCUACCAACUUCUUCAGUCAAAGAUGACGAUUUUCGUAGUUUCCUAGCAAGGUUUGGAUUGGGAGCCGGUGAAAACCGAAAUAAAAAAGCGAUGGAAUCCAGGCAAAUUACUAAGAGACCAUCAUUGUUGGAUGUUAUACCCAAUAACAUGAGAAAAGUCUUAGAGAACAUUGGUCUGAUAAAAAAAUCACCAAGGGUUGUAAAAGAUACUACUAUAGAAUCUAAAAUGGAGAUGGAUGCAUCAAAAAUAGUUGCACAUACCACACCUCUAAAUGAACACAUUUCCAAGCCUCAUGAGGGUGUGGUUCUCGUCGAUGACUCCUCGCAGAAGGAGAAAAUUAAAAAUCUACUCACAACUGUACGCAUGGUGCAAGAAGGAAAAGCCGACGUACAAGAUGUUCAAAAAGUAGCUCGCGAACUACUUCAAAGCACUAAAACAUUAGCAGAAGGACCCGAUCUGCUUAAGUUGGAGGAAAUCCUUAACAGUUAUAAAAAUAGUUUGAAAAACGAAGUCAAGAGACAACAGGACCAGACCACAACUACAUCUGCGCCGAUCGUGAAAGAAUCAAACGAACCAACACUACCCUCUAUCAACAAUACUGGUAUAAAAAAGUUUAUGAUUAAUCUUUUGGAGUCAUUAACUCCAAAUGAUGAAAGUGACGAGUCCAAGAAAACCGAUCAGUCAUCCUCAUCUUCAACGACAGAUGAAAAAGCUGCAAAUCCUUCGAUCCUUACUUCCUUAGACAUAUCUGAUGUUGUUAAUAAAACUAGUAACUCAACUUCUAGUACUUCUGACACACCUUCAGGAACUGAAUCCACCACGAAAUCUAAUAGUUUUUUCGAUAAUUUUAAUUUGGACGAUUAUACAACGACUGAAGAUUCGGCUAAAAAUUCAAACGUUAAUCUUAGUGAUCUUGAAGAUUCAUUUGGCGGAAGUACAUCUGAACCAGAUCCUGUGUUACCAACUCGACCAAAAACUGGGUUCUACUUUCUGGUGGAUUGGAAUUCAUUUUUAGAGGUCGGGGAAGAUGGAAAAGAUAAAGUUAGUUUGAGAUUUGCUCCAAAAGUUGGUGACAGAACAAGAUUUAUACCUGUCAAAAUACCCUAG